ACACGGCACUUGACGUUAUUUUGUCGCAGUAUUGUGGCCGACGGUCGAUAUACCUGUCUGAUUCACAACGAUAUUCUUUAGACUCAACUGCGUCUAGCUUUGACAGCGAUAGGCACGAGCGAGUUCGUUCAAGAUGUCUACGAUACAAAAUAAACCGCAGCUCCGGAACCUCCACACGUCGCAGAUCAAGAGGAAUCUUGUAGGGAUGAUGAUAAUUAGUGUCAGUGCGGCGCUCGCGUUCAAGGUACUCGUCGCCGAUAAGAGGAAACAGAGAUACGCCGACUUUUACAAAACCUACGACGCGGAGAAGCAGUUGAAGAUAAUGAAUGACGCCGGUCUCAUGCAGUCCUUCGUUCCCCCACAAAAGUAGAUUUACGUGUACAAAUAUAGACGAGCAGAAACUUGAGAGGAUGUGAAGGAUCGUCUUCUUCGGGAUUACAUAUUAUAUCUAUAUGUAUAAUAAAUAAAUUCAACAUAGUAUUAUUA